CGAAUUUCCAGCAACAAGCGAACAAGCACCAUGGACGUGUUUGCGGGCCUCGACCCUCUUGGCGGCAAGGGCAGCAAGCCCACGACGACGCCGAGCUACCCGCCGUACGGCGCGCCGCCACCGCAGGCCAACAUGGGCGGUAUGCCCACGUCCAACUUUGGCAGCAACGGCCGCGGUAUGAACAACGGCAACCCGAUGAUGGGUGGCAUGCCUGCCUCCAACUGCGGCAGCAACGGCGGCUCGUCCAUCAACAUGGGCGGUAUGCCUGGUAUGCACGCCGCGAUGCCACCGAUGGGCGGCAUGCCUGGCAUGAACAUGAACAUGAGCAUGGGCGGUAUGCCAACGGGUAACUUUAGCAGCAACGGCUCGUCUGCCAUGCACAUGGGCGGUAUGCCAGGGAUGACUCCGAUGUCACCCAUGGGUGGUAUGAACAUGGGCGGCAUGCACGCGAUGCCGGGCAUGAUGAACGGCAUGGGCGGCGGCAUGAACAUGGCGCCCAAUGGUAUGGGCAUGCCUCCGCAAGGCCCGCCGGCCGCGCAGCCCGUCAUGUACGACAACAUCAAGAACCUUCUCGAGAAGAAGGCGCCGCCGAGCACACCCACCGGCGCCGAUGGCGGUGGCGACAUGUUCAGCUGUUUCGGCGGCGGCGACAAACCGAGCUCACGCACGUCCAGUGGGACGUCCUCGAGCGCGCAAGCGCCGGCCGGGGCGUUUGAUCCGUUUGGCGGCAGCGGCGCACCACCGGCCCCGACCUCGGCAGGCGUUAACCUCUCGAUCUUUGGUGAUGCAGCGCCGUCGACGUCGUCCGGCAACAUUUCGACAAGCUCGUCGACGCCCAAGAACAGUGCGCUCGCCGACCGUCUCCGAGGCUCCAAGCGGCAGACGCAGGAAGCCCAGCGGGCAUCGCUCAACGUGGGGACGUACGCCAACUCGAACGCCGCGCUGGCUGCGACGCCAUCCAUCAAGAAGCAGCUGGGCGGUGCGGAUGCUGCGCCUACUGGCAACGCGCCAGCGACGACGGCGACCUCGAGUCCCGACAACCUCUUGGGCUUUUAGUCAUCGCCACAACUAACUUUUAAUCGAGACACUAAUAUUUGAAACCAA